UUGAAAAACUACGAAUUGCGAAAAAUGCACUAUACGUUAAAGUUAGUUUUUUUUUUAAGAAUGUUGGCAACCAUAUUGCGUUUAAAUAGUAAAGUUGCUUUGAUGCGAUGGUGAAAUGUUUAUUAUGUGUCAAGUGUUAAACGUUUUAAUUAUUUAAAUAAGUAUCGAUGAAAUUAAUGAAGAGUUCACAUUUAUUGAAUUCUGGUCAAUACCGUGUUAUCAAUUGUGCAAUGACAUAAAUCAUUCAUAUGAUACUAAUUGCUUGUUUAUAUUAAGCUAACCUAUAAAAUUAUGGAUAUUCCAACUCCUUCGAAUGUAAAUCAUGGAUUUUCUCAGGGUACUGAUGGAUUUUUAAACAUACCUAUUGAAUCUACAAAUUUGGAUCCAUUGUCUACAAAACGUAGAAGCUCUUCACGUACAAUAAAACGCAGAAAAUUUGAUGAUGAACUUGUUGAAACAACAUUUAACUUACAACCUCCUGCUGCGAGUACAAAAUCCAACUCUAGAUCUAGAACUGUUUCAAUUUCUACUACUCCAAUGGAAUCUGCUGUUCCUCAGCAAAAUGUCCCAAGCCCUAUUCAAGUUUCUGCAAAUAUCUCUCAAUCGGAUAGAUGUAAUCGACGUACAAGUAGACCAGGGGGUUCAAAUGCUCCUGGACGGAAAAAUAAAAAGAGUAAAAACCAUUCACAUUCAGUCAAUGCUACAAAGGAUUUAGGAAGAUGGAAACCAACAGAUGAUUUAGCAUUAAUCACUGGUGUACAGCAGACAAAUGAUUUAAGAAUGGUUCAUAGAGGUACAAAAUUCUCGUGUCGCUUUACAUUACAAGAAAUACAACAAAGGUGGUAUGCCUUGCUAUAUGAUAGUGCAGUUUCAAGAGUAGCAGUACAGGCUAUGCGUAACUUACAUCCAGAAUUAAUUGCUAGUGUACAAGCCAGAACUUUAUAUAGUAAAGCAGAAGAAGAUCUCCUUGGUACAAUAAAAUCGACUUCUCAACCAACUUUAGAAGUAUUUCAAGAACUACUUGAGGCAAAUGCCCAUACAUUUUAUUCUGCAAGAACUGCAAAAGCUUUAUUAGCACAUUGGCAGUUAAUGAAACAGUAUCAUCUACUUCCUGAUCAAACUGUACAAAGUUUACCAAGAGGUGAACAUGUUCUUAAUUUUUCUGAUGCAGAAGAGAUGAUUAAUGAUACAGAAUUAAUUGAACAAAAAGAUGAAUUGGUAGAUGCAGAACUUAUUGCAGCUGACAGGAGAAAUAAAAGAGAAAUAAAAGUAUUAGAAAAUGAAUUAAGUAGGUGGCAAGUUCUGGUUGAUAGUGUAACAGGAGUAAAUCCACCAGAUUUUGAUAAUCAAACUUUAGCAAUACUUAGAGGAAGGCUUGUAAGAUAUUUAAUGCGAUCGCGAGAGAUUACUGUAGGCCGUUCAACAAAAGAUCAUAGUGUAGAUGUAGAUUUGACAUUGGAAGGACCAGCAUGUAAAGUUUCACGAAGACAAGGAACUAUACGAUUAAGAAAUAAUGGAGAUUUCUUUUUAUCUUCGGAAGGAAAGAGACCAAUUUUUGUAGACAGUAGACCUAUUCUUGCAGGAAAUAAAAUGAAGCUUAACAAUAAUAGUGUGAUUGAGAUUGCAGGUUUGAGAUUUAUAUUUUUAAUAAAUCAGGAACUCAUUUCUGUCAUACGUCAGGAAGUAGUUAAAUUAAAUUUGAAGCCAUAAAUAUUUUGUUCCAUUCCUUAAUUAGUACUUGGUUUUUUUAUAUGCAAAAAAUAGUUUCGUACAUAUUUAUUACAUUAUACAAAACUUUGUAUAAAGUACGUAAUUGUUCAAUUCAAGAAAUAAUAAAUUUUGCUCAAUUUUUUACUGCAGUUUUGUUGCAUUAUUAUUGUUAAUCUAUAGUUGUAAUAAGCUGUAUUAAACCAUUUAAAUUUAUGGCAAUAUUAAAUUCAGAAUCACUCAGUAAGUAAUAUGUUUUAUUAAUACAAUUAUUUCUUCUUCUAUAAUACAAUACAAGAAACAGAGUACUCUACAUAAUUUGGAAGAAGAAAACAUGUUAUUUAAAUAUUUUGAAAUAUGUAAAAAAAGCAAUUUAAAUAUGUUUAAGUGAUGUUGGGUAUGUUAUAACUUGUAUUUAUAAAGCUACAAAAUAUCACUUUACUUUUCUUUAAAACGGAAUGUGCUUUUUAAUUUAAUUGUUGAUGUAGGUUUUUAAAUACAAAUAGCUUAUUUAACAUGUUAGCUGUUAUAGGAGU